AUGGAAGAAGAUGAGUUCUUUGGAGAAAAAACAUUCCAGCAUUAUUGUGCAGAAUUCAUUAAACAUUCACAGAAGAUAGGUGAUGGUUGGGAAUGGAGAGCUUCAAAGGACUGUUCUGAUGGCUACAUGUGCAAAACACAUUUUCAAGUUAAAAAUGGAACUGCAGUGUCACAUCAAGGAACAUCUGACCAUGUACAGACAUUUCUUCCUGUGGAGGAGGCUUUAGAUGCCCCCCUGGAUGAUUUUGAGGUAACCGAGACCACCGCGGCUGCCGAAGUGAUUAAAUAUGAGUAUCAUGUCUUAUAUUCCUGCAGCUACCAAGUGCCUGUGCUUUACUUUAGGGCAAGCUUUUUAGAUGGAAGACCUUUAGCUCUGAAGGACAUCUGGGAAGGAGUUCAUGAGUGCUAUAAGACGCGGUUGCUGCAGGGACCAUGGGACACUAUUACUCAACAGGAGCAUCCGAUACUUGGACACCCCUUUUUUGUACUUCAUCCCUGCAAGACGAGUGAAUUCAUGACUCCUGUGUUAAAGAAUUCUCAAAAAAUCAAUAGGAAUGUCAACUACAUCACAUCGUGGCUGAGCAUCGUAGGGCCAGCUGUCGGGCUGAAUCUUCCUUUGAGUUAUGCCACAGCAGCCUCUCACGAUGAAGGCAAUGUCAGUGGACAAGAUUCUUCUAUUGAGUGA